AUGUUCGAGGCAACCACCACGAUGCUCGCCAACCUUGGCAGCAAUGAAAACUGGAAACUCCACUCCGAGAGGCAGGAGAUGUCCCUCGAUCUCCUUCGCACAAGCGACCUCAGCAUCGCUAUAAAUAUGCCACAGAAAGAUUUAUGCAUGCAUGAAUCUCGGUCAAUGGUCGUGAUGAGGAGGAAGCAGAAAAAUCCACUCGGGGUCCUGCCGAGCAAUGAACAAACUGUUGCCAUCAAGGUACUGAAACUUGAAGAGCAGGGAGCCAGCAAGAGCUUCAUAGCCGAGUGCAGAGCUCUGAGGACCAUCCAGCAUCAGAACAUCUUGAAGACUAUCACUUCUUUCUCAGCCAUUGAUUUUAGAGGUGAAGAUUUUAAGGCUUUGGUGUUCAAAUUCAUGCCCAAGGGAAGCCUUGAGAAGUGGUCGCAUCCAACCCCAAACGAGAGUGGAAGAGCUAACAACACUACGACAGUAAGUAUAGUAGAGAGGUUAAGCAUUGCAAUUGAUGUGGCCCCAGCACUGGAAUAUCUCCACCACCAGGGUCAAACGCCAAUUGUUCACUGUGACUUGAAGCUCAGCAACUUUCUCCUUGACAGUGAUUUUCUGGCACAUUUAAGUGAUUUCGGCCUUGCAAAAUCAGUUGGGAUUAGAGGAACUGUUGGCUGCGUUCAAUUUUCUCACAUCAGAUUUUGUUCAAUUCAGGAAAUAAGAUUAACUUGGUUUCAAUUAGAAUAUUUAUGCUCGGAACAUCAGUCAAAUGUUGAAGGCUAGAACUAUGUUUCAAAUGCAGAAUAUGGUGUUGGAGGUGAUGUUUACAGCUUUGGGUUUCUCUUGCUUGAAAUCUUCACAGAGAAGAGACCCACUAGGCCCAUGUUAGGUGACAACUUCAGCCUUCAUGAAUUCAUUGAGACAUCUCUUCCGCACGAGCUGAAUCAAGUGUUGGACCCCGUCCUUUGCAAGCGAGAAGUACAGGGCAACCUUUACGAAUGCUUAGACUCAGUUCUGCAGGUCGGUCUUAUGUGCUCUAGCAUGCAACCGAAGGAGAGGAUGGACAUUGGAGAGGCUGCCGUAGCAUUGCGAAAGACACAAGCUGUUCUUCGAAUUGGCACGAGAAGAAACAUAGUGUGAGAGAGUGAAAGAUACAUCAGGCCAUCAGUUGCUCAAAAGUUUCUUUAGCAGGCUGUAGUCUAUGUAAAUAUUUGAAUGUUUUUGCUCGAUAUACAAUCGAUCCUCUUAUUUGACUAUGUUUAAAGUAAAUUUUCUCCACUGUACUACGUCUACGUCCCAUAU